UCAUUUGGUGUCUCGUUUCUUACACGAACACAUUCACUCGUGCUGGAAUAAGGAUAAAGCUCGUCUUUAGAUAAAUCUUCAUAAUGGGGAGCGGUAAGAGCAAGGAGACUCACUACACUUAUGUGGAUAACACAGCAGCACAAAGGCGUGAGGCAGAGGAGAGAGAGGCAAGACGACUGGAGAAUGAACGAAAGCAACGCGAGAACGACGAAAGACUGCGUAUAGCGAGAGAAAAGGCGGAAGAAGAGAGGAGACGACGAGAGCAGCUAAGGGAACAACGGGAGAGUGAAAUAGCAGAAGAGGAAGCCAGAAGAGAAGCGGAAGAACAGAAACGUUUGGAACUGGAGGCCGAACUCUGCCGACGCCGAGAUCAGUUGUUCAAUUACAAGUUUGGUGACAAGACCAGGCUUGAUAAUUUUAUGGGGCUAAACAUUGAGGAUGUAACCCAGCUUAGGAUCGGUGUUUUUGGCCCCACGGGAUCUGGUAAGAGUUGCUUCAUCAACACGUGUGAACGAGCGGUGAGGGAAACAGAUAGGGGAUCCGCCCCAGAUAGUACAACAGGACAAGAGGGAACCAUUACACUCCAGGACUACCUGCCUGAGAUGUUCUUCCACUUGGUAGACACCAGGGGCUUCUUCAACUACAACUCAAACGAGAACAUCGAGUUUCAGAAUAUCCUUUUUGGCAAAAUUCAGCCCGGGGAUAACAUACACCGCUCUAAUGCCGGUGAAAGCAAAACACAAGAGAUGCAUCAAUGCCCAGAAUUUAGACAAAGAAUGCAUGGAAUCAUUAUUGUGGUUAAGGCUAACGACCCAAGACUCACUGAGGGGGCAUUGAAGGACUACUUGAAACCAGUUCGAGAUGUCCUUCGAAAAAACGGAAUUGCUCCAAUUACUGUUAUCACCCAUCAGGACACACUGAAAACAGAAGAAGACGAGAAGGACGCUUUUGACGAGGCAUCAGCAGCUACAGGAAGCUCCCCUAGUCACACCUUCUUCAUGUGGAACUACACUAAAGAUAACAGAAGUCGUAACCCUGAGAUAGAGCGCAUGACAUUCGACAUCUUGCACUAUGCUUUGAUGACCGCUGAACGGGCUGUCAAGAUCAUGAAGCAAAAAGAGAAAAACAAAGAAGAAGACGAGGUGAUGAAAGCUCUGGACGGAGUUACAGUCAGUGGACAUGUGGCACCUGACUCCGCUGACGCUUCGGUGGAAGUGUUCCUACGUUUCCUCCAAAAAGAAUAUCAGUGGUCGACAAACAGCAUCAAGGUGGCUUUGAGUAAGUUAGCCAAAGAUGACAUAACAACUGUCAAGGUAUUAGCCAUGACAUGGGGUGAAGUUCGACAACACUUUCCCACUGGUAUGAGCCGAAUGAUCGAGAAGGAGCUCAGGAAACGAGAUAUGAUCCAUUAAACGAUUUGGUGGCGUCUAAACACGGACAUGACGCAUUGGAAACCAAGGUUCUUUAAGCAAAAUUACCCAUUUUUUAACGUUUUACGGGAAAUUAAUAAGCUAAUGCAGAGAACAUAGUUGUUUUAAAAGAAUAACAUUUCAUUUCUGAUGUUUAGGAUAAAAAAAAAUAUUAAUCAAAACACUAUUAAAUUCACCAAAAAGAUUUUGAUAGGUCCAUGGGUUUACUUGUUCCCUAUAGGUGUUUUAGAACACAAAAUUUAUGUAACUUUCUAAGUGAGUUAAAUCAAGAAUUACGUCAGUAAAAUGAACUUAUGAUCAGUAAAUAACUACGAUUGGGUGUUGAUUAAAGGGUUUUUGUUCUUUU